AUGUUCAUAAAAAAUCGAUUUCUUAUUCUCAGUUUGAUUGUUCCAUUGUUCAUAGUGUCGAGUGCAACUAUUUGCAAUGAUACCUCCAGCUGGUUGAACGGUAUUUAUCAAGUUAUUUGCGACGCUUAUCGAGUUACCACGUCAUGGUGUACUGACGAUUAUUUUUCCUACACCAGUUACUGGACAGGAGGCAGUACCUUUCGUUAUCCGGAAUUCAACUGCUGUGGCUGCGGAAGAGGAUGGCCCAUAUGGUCUGCACCAAAAGAUGGGAAGGCAGCUUUCAAAGUCAUUCCUCAACAAACAACCAGCGUCGGUUAUUCAAGUGAUAGUAAUCUGAAAUGCAUCGAUCCUCUCGGCAACUUAGGUCUAUGUGAUAUGAUGUGUAAAAUGUGGAUAGAUCCAAUCGUAUCAGUGGCGACUAUUACUAAUAACGAUUUCAAUUUGUCUAAUUGUACAUUAGCUGUGCAGACAACAGACACUUCAAUGAGAUAUGUAUUAGACAUUCCUCAAAAUAGUUAUUUGCUCUUUUUUACUAACUGGACAAGUGACAGUUACAAUCUUUCAUGUGUGAAUUCAACGCUACCAUUGAAUGCCUCGAUGAUAUGUCGACAUGAUUCUGUCCAAUGUUUACCGUCAACUACUACGUAUAAAUGCGUCUCGUCGAAUUGCCUCGAUACGUCACUGUGGACAAACAAUAAUUCUCAUGCAAAUUUUUACAUAGAAUACACUUGUCAUGAUUAUACAAUCAACUAUGCGUGGUGUUAUGAAGGAACCUUCACUGAAAACUAUCGAUGGACACUAGGAUCAUUUUAUAAUUAUCCAGAGUUUAACUGUUGCGGCUGCGGUAAAGGAUGGCCAUUGUGGUUCGUUCCAACAUCAGGAUAUGCAGCAACAAAAGCUCUUCCACAACUAACCAAGAACAUGAGCAGUAACAGUAGUAGUGGUACUAAUGUUUUCUGUAUUGAUGCCUACGGAAAUAGUCGCACAUGCGACAUGACAUGUAAAUUAUUAUCAUACACAGUGACAACCACCGAAAUGAUUGCUAGUAAUGACUUCAACGCAUUCAGCUGUACACUCGUUGUAGACACACCGAGUCCAUCGAUGGGAUAUGUUAUUACGAUUCCUCAAGAUAAUUAUUUAUUAUACUUCACGAAUUGGACAACAACCGACUACAAUUUUACAUGUAAAGGCACACAAACACCACCAGCUGCUGGUAUGUUGUGUCGACAUGGAUUCAGUCAAUGCUUAUCGUCAACAGUCACAGAUCGAUACAUACCAUUAAAUUGUGUUGAUACACCUAAUUGGGUAAAUAAGUACUCGAAAAGUCCUACUGGGAACGGAUGGAGUUGCUUCGAAUAUGAAAUCAUUUUCAAGAUGUGUUCAGAUGGAACUUUUAUUCCUGGUCAGCAAUGGACGUUCGGAAAAAUUUUCAAUUUUCCUGAGUUGAAUUGUUGUGCUUGUGGAAAAGCUUCACAAUAUCCAUACAAAUUGUUGAAUGUGAGUAGCACGAACAACUCACCUAUUCCAUCUGACCUGGAUAUUGUUGAUAUACGCAACUGCAGUGUAGUUGCCGAAAAUGUCACUUAUACUUUUGAUAUGAAAUGUUUGGGACCAACGAAUUUCACGAAGAUUAACAUUACGAUGAAUGCCAUUCUUUACAAUUGCCCAUUGGAUUGUUUUUAUAAUCGAAAUCUCACAAUGGUCGAUCUGUCACGUACAGUGAACGCUACACGUCUGCAAAUAGGAUCGAAUGCGACAUAUUAUCUUUCAUCGCAUCUGUUCCCAAAUUUUCAAGUGGUCUGUGGGCCGAAUCUUUCUGAACCAGUUUUUUCGACUGAUGAUCAUAAGACAAGUGGAGCACUAUCCACUUCAUUAACAGCAGAAGCAAAUCUCUCAACAUUGCCAACCUCCUCUUCGACAACAGACAUCACCACUGAAAUAACUCUCACUACACCAAUUUCCAAUGCUUCGAUUUUGUACAUUCCAACAUGUGCAAAUGGCAAUAUCGGUCUCAAUUGUAAUAUUAGUACCGAUCUCUGUCAAAUGACCAGUCCAUGUUUUAACAACGGUGCAUGUACAAAUCUGCCAUCAUCUUCUUUUAUAUGUGCUUGCACACUAGGUUUUACUGGUUCCAAUUGUGCGAUUGAUAGGCGACCAUGUCAACCGUGGACCUGUCUCGAUCGCGGUGUUUGUAAUCAAACUAGUUCAACGACAUUUCAAUGCAAAUGUUCUGCUGGCUAUGACGGUGUUCAUUGUCAAUCAGCUAUCGACUAUUGUCAAAACACCACCUGCCAAAACAAAGGACAAUGCCGUUCAAUGCUACUGAAUUUCACUUGUGAGUGCAUCACUCCCGACUUUACUGGUCGAUUUUGUGAAGUGAAGAGCACAAGUUUUGUCGUCAAAACCAUCGUUAAACAAUCUUUUGGAUAUAUUGCUGUCAUCGCCAUUGUUAGUGCGAUGUUUAGUAUUGUUCUGAUGGAUGUAUUGAAAUAUUUUUUCAGAGUCGAUCCAGUCGCAAAGUAUCGACGGCGACAAAAAAAGCGUUCAAAGCCAAAAACAAUCGUACGUUUCGUAUAUGUAGAUACUCCAAGAAACAAAUGA